AUAAUAAAUGUUAUUUUACAAUAAUAUUCAAAUAAAUUCAUGACCCAAAAUACUAAAAAAUCUCUUUAAAAAUGAGUAUAAAUACUCGUAGAGGGCCAAUUUUCGAUCCAGGGGUGUGUAGAUGUUGUGGAGCUAUUAAAAAGUGUCGUCUUUUAAACGUCGAAUACGAAUGGCAGGGACAAAAGGAGAUAUAUUCAGACAUGUUCGUGGAUUGUUAUGGUUUACUGUUGUCACAUCUAGACGGAGAGGCAGAAGAGCGUUUGAUCUGCGCUACAUGCGUGUCUCGAUUACGAGAGGCAAGCUGUUUCCGGCACCAAGUACUACAGUGUGAGGAGAAGCUGCUGAGGACGAAAAUACUUGGAGAAGAUGAUCAACAGAACGAAGUUAAAAUUGAAUCGGGUGUUAAAGAGGAAAUCGAUAUGAACCCCGAGCUGGACUACAACGAUGAUGAUCCGACUGACCAUAUUGAUAAUGAUGAUAUCGAAGUAAUAAAAGUGGAACCGCAGAUCAAGCAAAAGAGAAAAUCUUUACGACAAAAGUUAAAAUCGACCAAGAAACGUAGGACGCAGAAAAGGCAAGAUGAACUCACAGAGGGAAUGCUUUACGACGCUCAGAGGUUGAAUGAGAAAUUGAAGGAAAUGCAAGACAUGGAACUCCCAGAAAAAUCGAACCAAACACAAAAGUUAAACGGCUACAAGACAAACGAAAAUUCAAAAUCGCUCCACAAUAUCGUGACCAUAGUCGAGAAUACCUACGCGUGUCCCUUUGACACAUCCUUCAGCGAUUACUUCUGCGUCUACUGUAGGCGGGUCUUUACCGACCCUAACAAGCUACGUGAACACUCUAUGACACAUGACCCUACCACCUUUAAGGACGUCCUGACCAAUAAUUCUAGUAAUAAAAAAGUCCAAAUCGAUAUUUACAGGAUAGACUGUCGAAACUGUUCAGAAAGUAUACAAGAUCUCGAGCAGUUCCAACAUCACAUAACAAAUACCCAUUCGAAGAUAUAUUAUCCUGAUUCGAACGAAUUCCUAAAAUUCAGACUGACUUCUGGAUCAUUGAACUGUACGGAAUGCGGGGCAAACUUCAGUUUCUUCCAUGCCCUAAAGAAACACAUGGCAGAACAUUUCGGAACAUGCAUUUGUGAUGUAUGUGGAGCUCAUUACUUCGAAGAAAGGAUGCUCAUUUUACACCAGAAGACCCAUCAACGUGUUGACGAGACGUUUCUUUGCAAGGAGUGCGGGAAGACUUUUAAGUCCAAAUACACUAGAUAUAUUCACAUCGCAAGGACUCAUAAGAAAGAAGCGGCGUAUCAGUGCAAUAAAUGUGACGAGGUGUUCUUCUCAUAUACUUUAAGAUAUCGUCACAUGAUUGAGUUCCACGGAGAAGAGAGGACAUUUCAGUGUGAACAGUGUGACCGUGCUUACGAUAGUAGGAAAUCACUUCGUGAACAUAAUAGAAGAUUCCAUCUAAAAAUACUCAAACAUCAGUGCGAUUUGUGCGAUAAACGUUUCUACCUACCCUCAAGGUUGAAAGAACACAUGGCAAGUCAUACGGGAGAAAGGAACUUUAGAUGUGAAUACUGCGGUAAAAGUUAUCCAAGGUUAAGAGGCUUAAAAGUCCACAUGCAGUCGCAUAGCAGCGAGAAGAAAUACAAAUGUGCAUUGUGCAAUGCGUCAUUCACGCAAAAUGUUAAUUUGAAAAAUCAUGUCAAAAGACAGCACCAGAGUAUGGAUUUGGAAGAAAAUUACCACGAGUAAUGGAUUUUUAUUUAUUUUUUUAUUUAUAUGUUAUUGUACACCACAACUACAUUUUAAACAUUAAACAUAUUUAAAGACAGUUACAGACUGUGAAGCAUAAUGUGCGGACUUAUGGCUUAUUUAGCCAUUUCUUCCAGGCAACCCAAUUUUAAAGGUCUUAUUGGCUUCUGUAUGAUAUUUUUAAUUGAAUAUAAUUAAGAUAUCCAUUGUUUUAUAAAAUGCUUUAACAUUGUUAUUGUAAGUAUUCUUUUAUUUAAUAAAGUAUGAAUGAAUAGUCAA